GCCCAAGCCGCAGGCCGAGACGCUACUAAACGAGACCGAGAAUCCUUGUCGAUCAGAGCCAAUCCUCUGCGAACGAAAAAGCUUGAACCAAACAAGACUAGCGGUUUAAUCGCCCCUCCCCCAUUCUCUUUCUUCUCCAGUGGCUUCCUUCGACCACCUGACAAAGAAAAAUACCUCCCCAAUGCGUUAAUAGGGAAAUAAACUCAAUACAGCGUAUAUGAGAUGUAGAAAUGGUUGGGAAAUCCUGUACUAGUAGAUUCGCGCUCUGUCCACGCCGCCGCCCCACCGUCACCCUGACUCAAGAUAUCAUCCUGCAUAUCCAGCAUGCCCAAACACUCAAUCGUCCGCCCCGUCCCAUCCGGCGUGCUCGGGUCACAAAGACUUUCAAUAUCGCUAAACGGGAUCUUGUUCAGAAACAGCCGGUUAUUUUCAUGGUCGAACGCUGCCCACCCGCCAUCGGCAUUCUGCAUGCCUACAAUCCAGAGCGCCGCAUCGCGCACGAGUCUCGAUCGCGCGGUGGCCGGGUCAUACGUCAAAAAGGCGAGAACGGCUGCGGCCGUAUCAUUGAUAUCCGGGUACCACGUGUCAUGGUAUUCGAACGCCCACCCACCGACGGGGAUGUUGGGCUUGUAGACGCGCCAGUGAUCAAGAAAGCACUGCUUCAGGCGGGAAUCGCAGAGGUGCUUGGAUGGCAAGUUAUGUUUGAUGUGUGCCACGAGAUCUAGUCAUUUCCACUGGCCAAGAUAUUAGACGUUCCCAAUAGGCAGGAAGGAUUGACUGAAGAGUCAUAAUAUAUUUAUGUGCAGCGUCUCCGAUCCACCAUGUGUCGCGUAAUAGUGCUGAUAAGGCUAG